UUAUCUGUUUAGUGUUGAAGAACACAGCCUGAAUCACAACAUCCAUUAACUGGCUGUAGCUGGCUGAUUAUAGCACCAUGAAGGCGAUUAGCAAAGGGGUUAUCAUGUGGGUAUCAACAGUCGUUCACUUGUUUCUCUAAAAACAUAUUAAAUAAAAUGUGACUGCUGGACAAGUCAAAGAUGUCAACAAGAAAACUAGUGAUAGCUUCAUGAGAUAAAUGUCAACACCGGACAGUUUUCUUUUGGUUUCUGUCUGUGGCAUCCUGACAGAACUGUACCAUGUCUUUGUCUCCCUUUCCGUCUGUAUACACAACAUCUUUCCCACACGGCAAUGGGGUUCUGUGUGUUUCAAUGACUAUUUUGUAAACACAAAGGGCCAUAACUAAAAAGGUAGCUUCACUUACCCUCCAGUCCACACAUAACAAACAUGGAGCGAACAAGUAGCAUCAGGAGAAAAGCCAUGGCCAGACAACAUAAAGGAGAAGUCAUGAUUGCUGGAGAACAACUCAGGUUGAGACUACACGACGGAAAGCUGAUCAAGGACCGACGCUACCACCUGCGCACGUAUCCGAACUGCUUUGUGGCACAUGAACUUAUAGACUGGAUGGUGAGCCAUAAGGAGGCUCCAGACCGAGCAACAGCUAUCUGCCUCAUGCAGCACCUCAUGGAUCAUGACAUUGUUCACCAUGUCUGUGACAAGAGGUCAGUAUUGAAGGAUGCCAAACUGCUGUACCGUUUCCGCAAGGAUGACGGCACAUUUCCCUUCAAUACAGAGGUGAAAAUCUUCAUGCGAGGCCAACGACUCUUUGAACAUCUCAUAGGGGAAAAGAACACCAUCCUGCAGCUGAGAGAGGAGCAUGGCGUUGCAUAUCGGCGCUCCUUUCCUGGCUGCCAGUUGAUUGACUGGCUCCUUCAGAACGGAGAGGCAGAGAGCCGCCGUCGGGGACUGGAGCUGUGCCGCGCAUUGCAGGAGCAUGGCAUCAUUCAGCACGUGGCAAAGAAGCAUGAGUUCUUUGACAGUGGACUGCUCUAUCAGUUCUGCAUCAAUUUCCGCCGCAGACGCCGCCUGUCUGAAUUGUUGCAUGAAAGUGAACAAGAUGACGACAAAGACGAAGGUGUGGCCGUGUCGACACACGACGACAACCAUCCUGAUAGCCCAUUUGUUCUGCGCAAAAACCCACCUCAAGAGGGCAACAGUGCUUUCAAAUCUGUAGGGUCAAGUAAAGAUCUGAAACAAGUUACCAGUGGGUGUCGAAGCAGCUUGAACUCCCUUCAGCUUCACUCUGCUGGGUUUCCACCUCUCGUCCAGCUGUCUUCAACUUCAGUGAGAACCAAUCCUAGAUCAGUACUAAGAAGACAUUAUACAUGUGAAGAGUUAUUGGCGCCAGGGGCACCUUUCAUCAAGAGAGUGUUGACGGUGAUAGGAGAUGACCUGGGCUGGGGCUUUGUUGUCAGAGGCAUGGCCCCCUGUUACGUGCAGGCCGUUGACCCUGGAAGCCCUGCAACCGCUGCUGGAGUUAAGGUGCGUCAGUUUGUGUGCCAGGUGAAUGGACAGUGUGUCCUCUACCUGGACUACAGGACAGUCUCCAGACUGGUGAUGACUGGGCCUCGCACUGCUGUAGUGGAGGUUAUGGAACCGCUGGAAUGACAACAACAACUGUUUCGGACACAACUAUUUGCUGUAACUGAAAUGCAAUAUCAUGAAAUGUAUUAAAUUAUAGACUAAUAUGGCCAGAGAGUCCAUGCCAUGUGCUCAUUCCUGAUGGGAAGAAUCAAUCAAUUACCAUGGUUACCUUGCAGUAGGAGUAACUUAAGGUAGACUACAGUACAAAUGGUUGUAUUUUCAUGAACCUGAGCAAUAAAUGUUAGCUUUGUAUGACUGAUAAUAAAACAUUAUUACUGAUG